GAGUACUUUUAGGGAAUGAUGGGAUCUUCAUUGUUGCUCGCUCAAUUUCUCUGCCUCCUUCUCUUCCAUUCCCACUCCCAACCUGCUCAUUCUUCUUCCAAUUUCUCCUCUUCAGUACAAUUAUGCCCCCGUGACCAGAGCCUGGCUUUGCUCCAAUUCAAACAUUCCUUUCCCAUGAUGCCUUCUUCUCCAUCUACAUUUCCAUGUUAUCCACCCGAGAAAGUGCUGUGGAAAGAGGGUACAGAUUGCUGCUCUUGGGAUGGCGUGACAUGCAACAUGCAAACUGGCCAUGUAAUUGGCCUAGACCUUGGUUGCAGCAUGCUUUAUGGCACCCUCCAUUCUAACAGCACUCUCUUCUCCCUUCAUCAUCUUCAGAAGCUUAAUCUCUCUUACAAUGACUUCAAUCGCUCUGUCAUUUCAUCUUCCUUUGGUCAGUUCUUGCAUUUGACGCAUUUAGAUCUAAAUUCAUCGAAUUUUGCAGGCCAAGUUCCCCCAGAAAUCUCCCAUUUAUCCAGAUUGGUGUCCCUUGGUCUCUCUUCCAACUCUGGGGAGCUGAUGCUGGAACCGAUUUCUUUCAACAAGCUUGCUCAGAACCUUACCCAGCUGAGAGAACUCUACUUGGGUGGAGUGAACAUGUCUUUGGUGGUACCCAGUUCCUUGAUGAACUUGUCUUCUUCUCUGUCAUAUCUCCAACUCUGGCGUUGUGGAUUGAAAGGGGAACUCCCUGAUAAUUUAUUUCGCCGAUCAAACCUUCAAUGGCUCGAUUUAUGGAGCAACGAAGGACUCACUGGCUCUUUUCCGCAAUACAAUUUGAGCAAUGCUCUUUCGCAUUUGGAUCUGUCAUAUACGCGGAUCUCAAUUCAUUUGGAACCAGAUUCAAUCAGUCAUCUGAAGUCUGUGGAGAAGCUGUAUCUUAGUGGGUGCAAUUUUGUUGGCUCGAAUCUGGAUCUAUUUGGUAACCUCACACAACUCAUUGAGUUGGGACUUGCAGGUAACCAGUUUGGUGGUCAAAUCCCUUUCUCGUUGGGAAAACUUAAGCAACUCGAGCACUUGGAUCUCCGAAACAAUAAUUUUAUUGGUCCAAUUCCUGAUAUUUUUGUUAAUCAAACGCAAUUGGCGUGGUUGCGCCUCUCGGAUAACAAUUUUCAAGGUCAUCUGCCAUUCUCACUUAGAAACCUUAAGCAGCUCAGUCGCUUACAACUCUCAGCCAAUAAUUUUACUUCCCAAAUUCUGAAUGAGUUUUCUAACCUCACUGAACUCACCGAGUUGCAUCUCUCAUAUAACAAAUUUGAUGUUCAGAUUCCAUUCUCACUUGGAAACCUUAAAAAACUAAAUUCCUUGACACUUUCUUUUAAUAAACUUUUUGGUAAAAUUCCGGAUAGUUUUGCUAACCUCACACAACUCACCUGGUUAGACCUCUCUUACAAUAGACUAACAGGCCUCCCUCGUCAAAUAAAUACGCUUACAGGUCUAACCACACUCUUUCUAUCUAAUAAUCAACUGAUAGGACACAUCCCAUCACUAUUAAGUAGGCUUUCAGAUUUAAACAUUCUCGACUUAUCUCAUAACUUUUUCAAUGGAACAAUUCCAUCCUCCUUGUUUUGUAUGCCUUCAUUACAGUUUCUUCUUCUGAACAAUAACCUCUUGUAUGGCCAGAUAAGUCCGUUCCUUUGUAAUUCAUUACAAUAUAUCAAUUUCAGUCAUAACAAGUUGUAUGGCCAGAUUCCACCUUCAGUUUUGAAGCUUAAACAUUUGAAAGUUCUUAUGCUUUCCUCCAAUGAUAAACUGAUUGGGAACAUCUCUUCUGUCAUUUGUGAGCUCAAGUUCCUAGAGAUUCUAGACUUGUCCAACAGUGGCUUUAGUGGAUUCAUCCCACAAUGCUUGGGAAACUUCAGUGAUGGACUCUCAGCAUUGCAUCUUGGUGGCAACAAUCUCCACGGCAAUAUCCCUUCAAUCUAUUCAGAGGGGAACAGUUUGAGAUAUCUCAACUUCAAUGGCAACAAAUUGAAAGGGGUGAUACCACCAUCCAUCAUCAAUUGUGUGAAUUUAGAAUUUCUGGACCUUAGUAACAACAUGAUUGAUGACACAUUCCCUUCCUUUUUAGAAACGCUUCCAAAGUUGAAGGUUGUUAUUCUAAGGUCAAAUAAACUCCAUGGUUCUUUGAAGGGUCCAACUGUCAAGGAUGCUUUUUCUAAAUUACAGAUUUUUGACCUUUCCAACAAUAACCUGAGUGGUCCUUUGCCAACAGAGUAUUUCAACAACUUCAAAGCCAUAAUGAGCGUUGAUCAGGAUAUGGAUUACAUGAGGACACACAAUUUAACUACUACUUAUGUUUAUUCUGUAAAAUUGGCAUGGAAAGGUUUGGAGGUUGAGUUUUCUAAAAUUCAAAUUGCCCUCACAACACUUGAUUUAUCCUGCAAUAAAUUCACGGGAAAGAUUCCAGAGUCCCUCGGGAAGCUUAAAUCUCUGAUACAGCUCAACCUUUCUCACAACAGCCUCAUCGGUUAUAUCCAGCCAUCACUGGGGAAUUUAACUAAUCUGGAAUCGCUGGAUCUCUCCUCAAAUUUGCUUGCUGGAAGGAUUCCUCAGCAAUUGGUAGAUUUAACAUUUCUUCAAGUCCUGAACCUUUCGUAUAACCAUCUUGAGGGACCCAUACCUCAAGGUAAGCAGUUCAACACAUUUGAAAAUGGUUCUUACGAAGGGAACUUGGGAUUAUGUGGAUUUCCCUUGCAAGUAAAAUGCAACAAAGGUGAGGGGCAACAACCGCCACCAUCAAACUUCGAGAAAGAAGAUUCAAUGUUUGAAGAGGGAUUUGGAUGGAAAGCUAUAGCAAUGGGUUAUGGAUGUGGAUUUGUAUUUGGAGUCUCUAUAGGAUACGUUGUAUUUAGAGCAAGAAAACCUGCAUGGUUUGUGAAGAUGGUUGAAGACAGUGCACAUAAAAAUGCAAAAAGGCUUAGAAGGAAGAAUGCUCCGGCCAGAAAUGGUGGAAGACGACACUAGCUACUCAGGGCGGUGUGAGAAGGUCAAUAAUGGCAGCAGUCAAGAAGAGGGGAUCAUCUUCCAGGCUAGUGUAGCUGCUUUUUCUUUUUUUUUACGUUGUGCGUUUGUAAUUUUAUUUUAAUCCAUAGAUUUAUGUCAUUGUAAGUUAAUAAUUUUACCAGAAUCAUAAUAAUAUAAUAAAUUA